AAGCAUUCUGUCAUCCGAUUAUUAUCAAAAUACGUCAAGUUACAGACAAAACAACACAGUGUGUGAUUGUUUAUUGCUAGACAUUUCCCAGAAUUAUCAAAACAAAGCACAUAUCCAAAGAUUCAACUAGACUUCAUAAACACGGUGAACAGGAAUCGAGGAGAAUUAUGAUUGACUGAGGCAUUUUGAGGAGUAGCACGGACUGAGUGAGGAUGAACGAGGCUGCAGAGGUGACUGUUGUUGUUGUUAGUGCUAAAGGCUUACAGAGCAAAAGACAAGGAAAAUGUAAAUUCUCUGUAAUUUUUGGGGUGGGCUCUAAGAAAUACAGAACAACAGUGGUAAAGGAUCCAGAUGGAAAUCCAGAAUGGAACGAGGAAUCUACCAUACAAGUGACGAACCCCCUGGACCAGGUCUUUUUCUAUGUGACAGAGAAGGAUGACAUCCUUGGUCAGGUGAAUAUACCUGUCACCAGUCUCUCGGGACCACCUGGGCACAUCACCAUAGUGUCCCUACAGCCCCACAAAAAGUGCCCCAACCCCAAGGGAGAACUCAUCUAUAGGUGCCAUGUAUCCCAGUAUAGGCAGGCACAUACCCCGGUCAUCAAAACAGGGAGUCCCAACAGUCUCCGGACAAACUCUGCCACCCUCAACUUCAAAAAGAGGUUCAGCUUGGCCAAUUCCCCUGUCAUCAACCUCAAGAACCGCAAAGAGAGCAAGCAGGGGGGAGGGUCCAAGUUAUCCACCCUCAACAAAAAAUUCUCCCGGUCCAUCCAGGAUAUUUUUAGCUUUGGGAAAUCCCAUCAGGAUGAGGAGAAUGAUAAACAGAUGAAAUCUAGGGGACACAAUUACAUGAGCAUCGGGAUUGGGAUGGACUCGGCCGGCAAGUGCCCCGUAAUCACCUCGGUUACCCCGUCAUGUGGUCUGAUAGAAGGAGGCACCAAGGUGACCAUUGAAGGCAGAAACUUAGGCAUGAGUAAGGCAGACAUUGUGGACUUGACUAUUUGUGAGUGUGAAUGUGUUGAUUCUGUGGUAUGGGAAUCCUCCAAUAGAAUCUACUGUACGACCAAACCAUCUCUGGCAGGAAUCGGAAACGUUGAGAUAGAGACGGAAUCUGGCGGCAUUGGUUGCCUGAGACAGGCCUACAGCUAUGUGGAGGAACUUCCCCCAGAGGGAGAGGUCAGCUACCCUGAGGGUGAUCAGACGGACGGACGGCAGUCGGCCAGCUUCACCAUUGGCAGCGACAGUUUGCCCCCAUCCCCCCAGACACCCAAGAAGACAGUACAGAAAUCACAUUCCUGUAGGAUAAAGCUUAUUUUGCCCCGGGCUGAGAGCACUGAGAAUGUUCAAGGAGACGGACAGCCAAAGAACCACUUCAUGAAACACAAGCGGCGCGCCAGUGAGGGAUAUAUUCUGUCCCCAUCCUCAAAGUACAGUCAUGGACCCCCCAGUCCAGAACCACCACCCUCCAUGGACCACCUCCUCUGUCAGAUAGAGAAACUGAAACUAGAGAAUAUAGCGCUCCGUCAGGAAAACAAGGACAUGAAGUCGUAUAUUGACCGUCUCCUCCCUAAGGUCAUAAUGAACUGUCCUGAGGCUCUGGAGGCGGAGAGGUAUCUCAACAAAAUGGGUUAACAUUGCCAAGGGGCCAAGUGCAUUAAAAUCAACCUUAAAGAAACUUACUUAAAUUGAUAAACUAGGUCACUAUGCAUAAUUUACCAGUCGAUGAACUGUAGCACCGCCUUAAACCAUUCCACACAGCCAGACACUACCUGGUGACAGAUGAAACUGUCAGGGAAAGAUAACUCCGAACAAGAGGAAACAUAGCCAACAGUCAGAAGGUGUAGCAUCGCUGUAUGAUAGGAUUGCAUGGGUACAUGUAGAGUGUGUGUAUGUGUGUGUGUUGUUUCCUUUUUCUAUAUUUUUUGUGUGAAUUCUCCAUUUGGAAUGUGAUUAUGAGGCUGUUUGGAUAACUGUUAUUAAGCAAUGAAUUGUGAUAUUUACAUUGAUGGAGAAUUGUGAUAGAUUUUCAAACCAUGUUUUUACCAGAUUUUGUAAAUAUGACUGUGAAUAUAUUUUCAUUCAUGAUGCCCUAAGGUACUCUAAUUGACUAAUACUUGCUGCAUAACACAAUAAGUUAUUUUGUGUAGUUCUACAAAGUAUUCAUCAUCUUUUAUGUUUGUACUUUGCUAUUAGUAUUUUUAUAAAACAUGUACUUUAAGCAACAGUUGAAAACAUAGGACCAAACAAGAAUUUAUAAUUUAUUGACAUGAACUUUGACUUGUAUUUAUGAAAAUUAUUGAGUUGGAACUAGAUCUGAAGAAUUUUUUUUUUUGGUGGCAAGUUUUAGAUUUGGUUGUGAUUUUUUUUUUACAAAAAGCUAGAAGUUGAAGAUCUGCAUGAAUCUUUUCCAGGGUUUGCUUUUUUAAUUUUGAUUUUUUUUUUAACUUAGAAGGAUUGCUCUAUAUUUUGAAUUUAGAGUGUCCUUGUUUUGAUAGUGCUAUACAACAGGUAUCUGUGUAUAUAUGUGGAUCUGUAACAUAUCACCUGUACAGGUAAACUGUAAACUGGAUUUUACCGGGGUACAUGUAUUGCCUUUACACCUAACAUAUCUUGUUUAACACAUUUAUAGCUUCAAGCAUUAUUCAGCAUUGUGCAGUCAAACAGUUUUUCCUCUCACUGUCUAGUAAUUUGAUACAGCAAUUGUUUGAUUUUAAGUUUGUUUUUAAUUUUCCAAAACAAAAAAAAUGCUAAUUAUUGUUUUCAGACUUCUGUAUUUUAAUUUUGAAAUGUUUUAGUUAAGAUGUAGUGUCCUUAAAGCCUGGUUAAAUUUUUAUUGAGUUUAUGGAAAUCAUGAGGAGGUUAUUUUUAGGGGAAAAUGACAGAAAAUUGAUCAAGGUUGUGAACUGUUACCAUGGUUAUCAUUGUUGAUGAAAUUAAAACCUGUUAUGCAACGUA